UCUUAUUUUUAGGGAAAGAGCAGUGGUAGGUUGUAUAGAGGAGGAAUAUUACAAACAAAGCUCAGCAAUGACUGUGGGACACAUCCAAGUCCUUCUCAGAGGCUGCAGCUGGACUCAACUUUCCCAAUGCUGUCAGCAAAACAAACAGGAGCAGGACUGAGGAUGAGAAAAAGAAAAUUAUUUCCCAGGCAGCUGUACUGGUCCCUGCACCAGGGGCAGAACUUUUAUUUUCAUGUUAUUUUUGCAGUAAGUGUGGGACUGGUAGGCCUGAAUGGAGCCCAGUCCUUUUGCAUCCCAAAGGGAACUUGUCCUUUUGCAGGCUGAGAUAUUUCUUGUCAGCUAAUUUUGUGCAAAGUUUGAGAAUUGAUGAACAAUUGGAUGAAUUGUUCAUCUGUGUCCUGUUCCUGUGUCUUCUUUGGUCCCAGCAGUGUGUUGGGGACAACAGACAGGCUGGAUCUGGUGUUCCAGCAGCAAGUGUGGCAGUGAAAACAACGGCAAUUUGUCUGCUCACUUCCUGGUUUCUAACUGUUUGUUGUUGGUUUUUUUUCUGCUGCCUUUUCCUCCUUGACCUUGCCGGUGAAGAUGGCUGCGGAGGAGAAGGGGAGGCGGCGGGAGGAGCCCGAGCCCGGCGGGCAGAGGGAGCCGGGCGCUGUCCUGGGCCGGGGGCUGCCCGAGGCCGGCAGGUUCGCGUACGCCGCCCUCUGCGGGAUUUCCCUGGCCUGGCUGUUCCCUGAAAACGAGCAAAGCUCCUUCAGGACAGAAUUCAUCAAGGGAUUUGUGAAGUGGCUGGACCUGCCUGAUGCUGUCUUACCUGCCAUGACAGCCUUUGCUGAUGGCUUGGGAGGUGAGGGCACAGAAACUUUCACUGAAAUUUUGCUGAAGGAUCCCAUCUUGAAAGAAAAUCCACUUCUCAUUACCCAGGACCUUUUGUCGUUCUCUCUUCAAGAUGGAUCCUAUGAUGCUCGAGCCAGGGUGUUGAUCUGCCGAGUCAGCUGGCUGCUGAGAAUUCCCUUGGAAGAUCUGGAAGUCCUGGAGGAAUCUCUGCUUGAGAGCCUGAAGGAACAAAAAGAGGAAGAGUCAGAAACUGCAGAAGUCUCAAGAAAAAAGAAGGAAAAAAGGAAAAAGCUGAAAAGAUACCUGCUGAUCGGUCUGGCAACUGUUGGGGGUGGAACAGUGAUUGGUCUGACAGGGGGCCUGGCUGCCCCUCUGGUUGCUGCGGGAGCUGGCGCGAUCAUCGGGAGUGCUGGAGCAGCUGCUUUGGGAUCCACUGCUGGGAUUGCUGUCAUGGCAUCCCUUUUUGGAGCAGCAGGAGCUGGUCUUACUGGAUACAAAAUGAAGAAACGUGUGGGAGCCAUAGAAGAGUUUGAAUUCCUCCCACUUACGGAAGGGAAGCAGCUCCACAUCACCAUAGCAAUCACUGGAUGGCUGUGCACUGGCAAAUAUGGGAGCUUCACAGCCCCGUGGAGCAGCAUGCUGCACUCGAGUGAGCAGUACUGCCUGGCCUGGGAAUCCAAGUACUUGAUGGAGCUUGGCAAUGCCUUGGAUUCCCUGCUGAAUGGCUUUGUCAACAUGAUGGCUCAAGAAGCCCUAAAAUUCACUGUCUUGUCAGGGAUUGUGACAGCCUUGACUUGGCCAGCAUCCCUCCUGACUGUGUCCAGUGUCAUUGACAACCCCUGGGGAGUGUGCCUGCAUCGCUCUGCUGAGGUGGGCAAGCACCUUGCACACAUCCUGCUCAGCAGACAGCAGGGCCAGAGACCUGUCACACUGAUUGGCUUCAGCCUGGGUGCCAGAGUCAUUUACUUCUGCCUGCAGGAAAUGGCUCAGGAAAAAGACUCACAAGGGAUCAUUGAAGACGUUGUCUUACUGGGAGCUCCAGUGGAAGGAGAAGCCAAGCACUGGAGAGCUCUCACCAGAGUGGUGUCAGGCAGGAUCAUAAAUGGCUUCUGCAGGGGGGACUGGCUGCUGAGCUUUGUUUACAGAACCUCCUCUGUCCAGCUCAACGUUGCAGGCCUCCAGCCAGUCGACCUGGAUGACAGGAGGAUGGUGAACAUGGACCUUUCCUCUGUGGUAAACGGCCACCUGGACUACAUGAAGCAGAUGGACACGAUCCUAAAAGCCGUGGGCAUUAAAACCAAGGACUGCCAGCUGCAAGAGAGGGGCAGUGGCAGUCUGUUUUCCCCUCAAGCCAGGAAAUCCCAGCGGGCAGCUGGCAGCGAGGCUCGGGGAGAGGAAAACGCCAGGAAAGAGGUGGAGGAUGAGGCUGGGAGUGAGGCUCUCCCAGCUGGCUGUGCUCACCGACAGAAUUCCUCCAGCUCUGCCCUGGGAGAGCCCUCUGCUCCCUGCCCAGACUGCUCACACAGCACAGACAGCAAGGACCAGGCAGUGGGGGAAGGAGCAAACUAGGGCAGAGCAGCUCAGCCAGCACAAAAACCGCUGUCAGCACAUCCGUGGCUCCGGGAUUCCCAGAGGAUGGAGCUGCAGCUGCAGUUGGCAGCCCCUCCGGAGCAAAGUGUGGCACUGCCGUGGCACCGCAUCAGAGGCUCGGAGCAGCCGCCCACGGCACCUCCCCGAGGCGGGAGAGGGCACAUUCCUGCCUCAGCCUGCCCUGCUCCAAGGAAUCCGAGCCAGAUCCCAUCCAAAUCCUCGCGGGAAGCAGCUGCGCCCCUCGGCACCGUGUCCCUGCUGUGACUGGGGGAAGCAGGUGGCUCUGAGGGGAUUUUAAACAUUUCACAGAGAAAGGUUCAUUAUAGGAAAUUAAAAACAAUUCUCCACUAGAGAUGAGUUUGGUUUGAGGAUCUCAGGGGUGUUCCAGGCUCUACCUGCCCCACUCUGGACAGAUGUGGAUCUGCUCACCAGCUCUGCUGACCAGGAGGGGAAAGGCUGGGGCUGCCAGGCUUCCUUCCCUGCCUGCUGCAGGUUUGCUGCCAGGCCUCAGGCACUUUCCCAAAUCCAAGAUGGUUUCCCUGUCUCCAGGCUGAGGUUGGUGGGUGUUGGAGGCCCUGUUAGAAACAUGUUUGGGACCCUGGGGGAAAGCAGCAGGAAAACCA